GCAGACGUCGGUCCUCACAGUCGUCUGAGCUGUAGCUGUCAAGGCACGAUGGAGAGGAUGCAGAUGUCUCCCGUCUCGGCGAGACACAGUCACCAUGUAGCGAUACACACCGGAUGCAUCGGCCUGGCUGUCAUUACUCAGGUGAUUGCACACAUCUUCUUGAACCUGGCAAAGGACAGCUGGGUGCCCAACGCUCUGUUUCAGACGUCAUGCAGAAACGUCUCGGAGACCUUCCCCCUGGAGGUGACCAUGGACUGGUGGUCCGAGCAGUACUGGGUUUUGGUUGACGUUUGGUCUACUCUUUGGCUCAUCUAUGCAGUGGUCGGCCUGUUCAACAGAAAUGUCCUCGGCCCCGAGUCCUGCAACCCAGAAAUCCAUCCUCCAUCGUUUUAUCUGAUGUGGACCGUGAUUAAUAUUUCAAGAAUGUUCAGCAUGACUCUUUGGGAGAGGCACUUUAUAGUCGGAGCCGUGGCGGUCAGGUGGAUUCUACCGGGGCUCAGUUUCUACAUGCUCUACAUGUCCUACUCUAACAUCGACAAACACAAAGCCUGGCUGUCCGUCAACAACCCGGCAGUGACAUCAUGGACACGUUACCUGACCCAGAACGGCCUAGCAGUGUUUGCCUGGUGGUCUCUGUUGAACGCUGUGGUGGGCCUCGGCAUAUUAUUCAAGUACAAAGCGGGUGUGUCGGACCCGCUCAUCAGCACUGUCGUCCUCACCAUAGUGACCUUGUGCGCUUUAACCUGGUUCAUCCUACGGAGCUUCUUGUUAACCAAGUACCUGCGCUACACCUUCAGCGUCUACGCCAUUCUCAUCCUGGGUCUGGGUGCGAUGUUUACCAGGAGCUAUCGCGUCCACGACCUCGCUGCAAACACGAUCUAUUGUGGGCUCCUGAUGCUCCUGAUGACCAUCCUGAGCUUGAUUCAUUUGAUCUCUGAGUGUUUGCACACGGACAAGUCAACCAAACCGAUUGCCGCCGAACCCCAUGUGACGUUUGUGGAGACGGUAUGGCAACCUGAAGGCAACAUGAAACAUCAACUCCACCAGUGACAACUUAAAGACUCUGUGUGUAAAUAUGAAAAAAAAAAAAAAAAAAAAAAAAAAAAGUCUUCUGCAACAGUGAUUUAUGCAUGUAAUGUGUGUUUAUCGCCACAAGGGAGCAGCAUUUACACACUUCACACAGUAGGGACACAGUAAGCACCCAGACUCACAGCAGAUGGCUCAAGCUUUUAGAGGCAGUAUUUAAACAAUAUCAUGACUUUAAAAAAACAUCAAAAACAAAUAUGAAUGAUGCAGGAAAUGAGUCCAGUGACCACGCCACCGGGCACACAGUGACAGGUCAUGACAACAAGACUGCUCGCCAUCAGGAUGAGUCUGCUAUCCCAACACGUCCAUCAUGUGUAUUAUGACUUUCUCUCUCUCGUUCACACACACUCACACAAACACACUCCCUGCCUAAGUGAGCAGUCUGAGUGUCAAAUGAGAAGCAGGAAAAAGAAAAACAGAAUAAAUAAAAUAAUGUGAGAUACAAGGGAACAUGAGCAAACAUGAAGAUAAAUGAUCCAGGGCCUGCACUCGCUUAAUGCAGAAUUUGCAUAAGGAAAUGUUGUGUGUAUUUUGUAGUAGGCAAAUGAACUAGAUUAAAUUAAGAUAUAUCGGCAGUAGCUCAUUCUGUAGGGUAUUGGGUUGGGAACUGGAGAGUCUCCGGUUCAAGUUCUGCUGCAGACCAAGUCUGGGAAUUGCUCAGGAGUGCUAGCUGCCCCUGCCCCCCCCCCCCUGACAUCUCUCCAUCAGUGCAUGUCUGCAGGAGCCGGUGUGUGCAUGUGUGUUUAAAAUUGAAUUUCCCAUCACAGGAUUAAUAAAGUAGAUCUGCAAUCUUAAUCGAACCUGU